CAUAGAGUCCACUCCUCAGCCUUGGUUCGGGAAGGAUCUCUUCCCAGCACCUUCUUUCUCUGACUGACGACUUCUUUGUCUGCAACUCAUGGGUUUGAGGAAAGAAACAUGAUGCUGGUGUGGGUUUUGGUGCUGACUGCACUGUUUGUCAGUGAUGUGGCAGGGAGAAACAAUUCCUUGGAAGUGGAGGAGACUCAGAGGGACCUUAAAAAACGUGAAAUAGCCACAGGACCCUGUGAUGAAGAUUGGUUUUAUUAUACUCCUUUAAACUCCUGUUACCGGUUUUUCAGCCAACAACGGACAUGGCAGGAAGCUGAGGACUUCUGCAAUCACCACCCACAUUAUGGAGAGCUGGCUUCUGUGACCUCGAAGGAACACAACACAUUCAUUUCUAACGUGAUUGGCGCUGUGAAUGAAGACAAGCCAUUUGCAUGGAUUGGCCUGAAUGACAGAUGCAAGGAAGGGACUUACACAUGGAUUGAUGGAUCUUCAUGGAAAUACCGAAACCGGGCUCAGGAUCAACCUGACAAUUGGAAAAGCAAUGAAGACUGUGUGCACGUUAACUAUUAUGGCAAACUCACGGAUCAAGAGUCGGGGAAUAUUCAUGGCUCACGGACACUGACACAGAAAUAUAGAACACUCAGUUGACACUGAAAACAGAAAAUGCUGGAAACACUCAGCAGGUGAGGCAGCAUCUGUGGAGAGAGGAACAGAGAUAACAUUUCCAUCAAUGACCUUCCUGUUUCUCUCUCCACACACGCUGCCUGACCUGCUGAGUAUUUCCGGAAUUUAUUUCAGAUUUCCAGCACCUGCAACAUUUUUCUUGUGGACUAACAGGUAAAUGUUGGAUUUCUUUUCUCUGCUUUAAGUUGACGGAAUUUGGAAUGAUAUAUUAUGUGCAACGAAAAUUGGAUUUGUUUGCUCCUAUGAGCUGAACUUUGGUUAGAAGACUCCAGAACCAUCCAUUCUUCCAUUCCAGCAGUGGAUUCAGUGCCUUGAUUUCUCU